AUUCAAGAAGGAAACCGAUUGGGAUGUGAAUCCAAACAGAAUCUUCGUUGGAUCCCUACUGGACUCGACAAAGGAGUGCCAGCUUCACGAAUAUUUUUCCACAUUCGGAAUUGUGACUGAUGUAUUUUUAAUAAAAGGACAGAAGUCGCGCAAGUACGGUUUCGUAACUUUCUGUGACAUGGACUCGGUAAAAAAGGUGUUGGCCGCCCAUCCCCACGUGUUGAAUGAGACGCAGAUAACUGUUUCUCUGGCCAGGAACAAGCAUCCAGGUGACAGUUGGUAA